GCUCCCUCAGCAUGGCCCUUGUAACGCUGCCUGUUGCAGCUGGCGCACCAAGCCAACCAUCUCCCUACCCGCUGAGAGCUGCGGCAAUGUGUUGGCUGGUUACAGGCUGGGGUCAGGACUCCUGGGUUCUCUCUCUGGCUGGGCAGGGAGUCAGCCUGUUGAGCAGGUGGAGACCCACGACUUCUGGAUUCUGUUCCUGACUCUGCCACAGCCUCCUGCUCCCCUCUGAGCUGCAGCUUCCCCAGCUCUGCAAAGGGGGCGGUCAUGCUUCCCCCCGUCCCAGGGCCGCGUGAGGCUUAAGUCCCUGAUGCAUGUAAAUGGCAUCAAUCUGAAAAGUGCUGGAUAUCCUCAUUGAUGGGAAGGUGCAGCCCAAGGAGAGAGCAGGUCCCUGCGAUACAAUUAACUUAUUUAUACGGCACUUUUUCUACAACAUGUGAGGCAAACUACUCGACGGGCUCCCUCAAUAACAGGGCAAGAGAACAUCAGGGAGGUAGAGGUUGGGACAGGACUUUAGGAUUAAACCCAACUGCCACCCAAAUUCUGCAUCCUGUCGAUGCCCCUGUUACUAACGAUCCCUAGCUUUUAGAGAGCCGUUGCAUCGGUGGAUCUCACAGCGCCUUGCAGACAAGGCCAGUGUCAUCACCCGUGUUUUACAGACGGGGAGAUGGAAGGGAAGGGACUUGCCCAAAAUCAAGCCAAGAAUAGAACCCCCUCCAGUCCUCCGUCCACUACCCCACGCUGUCUUACAAGGGAACCAUUUCCACAGCUUGAUCCAGGACGGCUCUGUGGCUUUGGACCUUCCACUGCCAUCACAGACGGGGGAGGCUGCUUCUGUCUCCGUCGCCUCCAGGCCCCCAGCUGCCCGGGACAUGCCUUCAGGAUGCAACUGGAGGUGCAUGGUGACUAGUUGCAGCAAUAAAUCCUCAGUAAUUGCAACAGGCUUUUCCCACAGCUUACAGCCCGGAGGCUUUUAAUGAUAAAGCCUCAGGUUUGACUUUUCACCUGAGACAGCCGAGAUUGGUUUUACACUCUUGUACCCCCAGACUCCUCCUGUGGCCUAUCGUGGUGUUCCACCACUCUCCACCCUUCCCCAAGAACUCCUUGUCCCCGCUCCCGAGAGCCUUGUCCUGGCGGCAUCCUCCCAGAUGACUGUAGCACCCUAGGGGCUGCUUCUCUUCCUGCAGCACAGAAAGUUAUGGGGCCCCUGACCCGUUGAGGACUAUGGCCAGGAGUCAAGAUGCUGCGUUCCCUGCUGGCCGCUGCUCCAUGGUGAAGGCUGCAAUCUGCUCUGGGUCUGCAUCUCAAGGGUGGUGAUGCUCUUUAAGGGCCCAGCACUAGUUACUAAGCAGGCGUACCUGGGCAGGGAGCAGCUGGUUCCCCUGUAAAGGGCAGCAGGAAGCUAGGGAGGGGAAUGCUCUGGGAAAGAGGGACUGGAGAGUGCUGAAGGUGAGUAGGGUCCAGCAGGGAACCCUGAGGUUUCAGAGAAAAGGCUCAGAGCGGGGAGGCCUCCAGCAGGACUAGGAACAUGGACUUGAUCGGGGGCGGAGAACUCAUUUCAACUAUUUUGUUACAUUAAGAAAUCCAGCCCUGGGAGGGGAGUUGCUGAACUUGCAGAAAGUUUGCUUUGGUAAUGUAAUGGAGAAAGCCCUAACAAGUGGGGAAACUGAGGCGGGGCUGCUGCAGCGUGACCUUAGGCCCUGAGGGGGCACUCAGGAGGCAGCCGGCCUGAUGACAGUGGUGCUUGGGCUCCCAUAUGGGCACCAGUGCUGCUUCAGUUGGAGAGUUGUGCCCAAAGCGAGCCGGGAUCCUCUCUGUCAGGGUUUGUUUCUGGCUGGCAGAGACGAUGCCAUUGAAAGGAGCCGCGUGACUCCCCUGGCCCCACCAUGCCCUUUUCCGACUUUGUCUUAGCGCUGAAGGACAAUCCCUACUUCGGGGCUGGCUUUGGCCUGGUAGGGGUGGGCACGGCUCUGGCUUUGGCCCGGAAGGGGGCCCAGUUUGGGGCGGUUGCUUUUCGCCGACACUACAUGAUCACCUUGGAGGUGCCCAGCAAGGACAAGAGCUACCAGUGGCUGCUGAGUUGGAUCUCGCACUAUGCCAAGCACACUCAGCACCUGAGCGUGGAGACCUCGUACCUGCAACAUGAGAGCGGGCGCAUCAGCACCAAGUUCGACUUUAUCCCCAGCCCUGGGAACCACUUCAUCUGGUAUCGGAGGAAGUGGAUCCGCAUCGAGCGGAACCGAGAGAAGCAAAUGAUCGACCUGCACACGGGGACCCCCUGGGAGUCAGUGACGUUCACAGCCCUGGGCACCAAGCGGGAGAUCUUCUUCAGCAUCCUCCAGGAAGCCAGGGAACUGGCUCUGAGGCAGCAGGAGGGGAAGACAGUCAUGUACACGGCCAUGGGUGCCGAAUGGCGGCCGUUUGGCUUCCCGCGCCGCCGUCGGCCGCUCGCCUCCGUGGUGCUGGAGAAGGGGAUCUCGGAGAAGAUCGUGCAGGACGUAAAGGAGUUCAUCGAUAACCCCAAGUGGUACAGUGAGAGAGGAAUCCCGUACAGGAGGGGCUAUUUGCUUUACGGGCCCCCGGGCUGUGGGAAAAGCAGCUUCAUCACGGCCCUGGCCGGGGAGCUGGAGUACGGCAUCUGCCUGCUGAGCCUGAGCGACCGCAGCCUCUCCGAUGACCGCCUCAACCACCUCCUCAGCGUAGCGCCGCAGCAGAGCAUCAUCCUCCUGGAGGACGUGGACGCGGCCUUCGUCAGCCGGGACCUCGCUGUGGAGAACCCAACUGCCUACCAGGGCAUGGGACGGCUGACCUUCAGCGGCCUCCUCAACGCGCUGGAUGGCGUCGCCUCCACGGAGGCCAGGAUCGUCUUCAUGACCACCAACCACGUGGACAGGUUGGACCCAGCCCUGGUACGCCCUGGCCGGGUGGAUCUGAAGCAGUACGUGGGACCCUGCUCCCGCUGGCAGAUUUCCCGCAUGUUCCAGCGCUUCUACCCAGACCAGCCGGCAGCUGCCGGGGACAAGUUUGCAGAGCAGGCCCUGCGCAUCUCCGAGCAGAUCAGCGCCGCCCAGGUGCAGGGCCACUUCAUGCUGUAUAAAGCAGACCCAGCCGGGGCCAUUGAAAACGUGCAGUCGAUUUCCCUGUGACCGAGGGCGGGCACCCUCAAAGGGGAGGGGCUUGUGGCGCCAUUCCUGGGAGUGACUCAUGGAGGACGUGAUAACCGUGAGGAUGCUGCUUUGUGACAGUCCCAAGGAGCCGAUCGCUCUUUGUUUCGCUACCUCAACGAGGCCUUGGGUUUCUAUUAAAAUAUAAAAAGAACUAGGA